UUUCGAAUUCUCUUCGAAGAUGAGAGCCAAGUGGAGAAAGAAGCGCGUUCGUCGCCUCAAGCGCAAGAGAAGAAAGAUGAGAGCUAGAUCCAAAUAAAUGACUCGCCCACUCCAUCUCAGCUCUUCAUGUGAACGCUCAGUUUGAACGCUAAACAUGACAAUUGCGACGACGUCACGAUGAUGAUUCCAGUUAUGAUCGUUACGUGGUUCGGUAUCUCAAUCGAGGCCUGUCUGGUCUGCCACAACAUUCUCGGUGCAAUCGACUUCGGAGCCCGCCACAGUGGGGGUGCGAGUGCCGCAUCUUUUCCUUCGGAGAAUUCCGGGCCAUGGAGAGGUCAUGAGAAUUUAUUCCAAAUACCAAAAAGUUUACGACGCACAUGA